AUGGCAAUGGAUCCUGUCGAAAAGCCGCCUCUUGACUAUGUCAAAGUCAAGACGACACUCCCCGUCUAUCCUCUUCCUCCUAAUAGCGAACGAAAGCCGUUUCAGACAAAACGGUUGACAAUGCGGCCCAUGACACAGGAUGACUUUAAGCAUGUCCGUGCUGUUCGUACAGAACCCGACGGCAUGAUCUGGUCAACACAAGGUCGCCCUGAUAUAGAGAUGGAAGAAACGCAAAAGAGUCUCGAUCGCCGUCUACCUCCAAACGAUGUCAAAGGCUACGACUGGCUCAUCUCCCUCACCGAGACUGGCGAGUUCGUUGGACUAGGAGGUUCUUGCGUGUGGUCGGCUGAACUUGGCUGGCCGGCUAUAGGAUAUCAAUUCCUAAAGGCGCAUUGGGGCAAAGGUUACGCUUCCGAGUUCGUCAAAGGCUACCUUGACCACUGGUGGUCGUUGCCAAGGACUGAGGUUGAAAUCUCGGUGGAUAAGAACACCACUCUAGGCGACAGUGAGGUCCAAGACGAGUGUAUCUCAGCCGUCACAGUAGGUGAUCACGCUGCCAGUCAAAAUGUCCUCAAGAAGUGUGGGAUGGAGUUUGCCUCGUCAUGGACAGAAACUGAUGGAAAGGGCUUCUCCGAGGGAAUUAUCCUGCAUGGUUUUUUUGCGCGCAAGGGAAAAGAUGGUAACUCGCUGUGA